CUACAGUACAGCCUACCAUACUUUCCAUAGGGAGUGUCGUACAGUAUAACUUCCCUAUCUUCCCUAUAACCCCUCCUCUGUGAAAAAAGCACCAUUCUUCUCGCAGUUCAACAGUGGAAUUAGCAAUACAAACAAACCAAAAUCCCAACAAAUUUUACAGUUAUUUCACCCAUUUCGUCUCUGCAAAUUCACACUCAAAACCCCAUUAAAAUGGUUCACCAUUUCUCUCUCUAGAUUCCAUUUAAUACCUCCUUCUUGCUGUACAUCUUUCUAAAGUAAGAAUCAGGACUGUUCGUUUUGUUGUUUUGACAAAAAAUGGAAAGGAAACAAGGUUUUUUCUCUGCUUUAAGAGACGAAGUAGUCCGUGGUUUAUCGCCGGCGAGGUCACGUGGCAAGAGUCCGGCGAGGAGUAGUAGCUCGCCAAUGACGGGGUUUCUUCGACUGAAACCUAAACAGUUGCAGAAACCGGAGCCGGUGGUUAUAAGAUCCGGGAGUUUGAGUGGUGAAACGCUGGCGCCGUUGAUUGAAGGCCCCGAUCCGGCCGCCUCAGACCUCGGGGAGACCAAGCGUCCCGGGUCGGGUAUCGGGCAAUGGAUGAAGGGGCAUUUAUCUAGGGCUCCUUCCAUGACGUCUUCUAUGGCGUACAAACAGAGGUCUGAUCUGAGACUUUUGCUCGGAGUUAUGGGUGCGCCGCUUGCUCCGGUGAACGUUAGUUCCAGUGACCCUCUGCCUCACCUUAGCAUUAAGGAUACUCCUAUUGAAAGUUCAUCUGCUCAAUACAUACUGCAACAAUACACAGCAGCAUCCGGAGGCCAAAAGCUUCAAAACUCCAUUAAAAACGCUUAUGCAAUGGGGAAAGUGAAGAUGGUGGCAUCUGAAUUUGAAACUGCAUCAAGGGUGAUGAAGAACAAACAUUCUGCAAAAUCUGCUGAAUCUGGUGGAUUUGUAUUAUGGCAGAUGAAUCCUGAUAUGUGGUAUGUUGAGCUUGCUGUUGGUGGCAGCAAGGUUCAUGCUGGCUGCAACGGGAAGCUUGUCUGGCGGCAUACACCAUGGCUCGGUGCUCACACCGCCAAAGGCCCGGUUAGACCCCUCCGCCGUGCUCUUCAGGGUCUUGAUCCAAGAACAACUGCAAAUAUGUUUGUGGAUGCAAAAUGCAUAGGAGAGAAAAAAAUCAACGGUGAAGAUUGCUUCAUCCUGAAAUUAUCCGCGGAUCCAAAAACACUAAAAGCAAGAAGUGAAGGUCCAGCCGAGAUCAUACGACAUGUCCUUUUUGGGUAUUUCAGUCAAAAAACGGGUUUAAUCAUUCACAUGGAAGAUUCCCAUUUGACCCGAAUCCAAACCAAUGGUGGUGAUGCUGUUUAUUGGGAAACCACCAUUAACUCAUUCAUGGAAGAUUAUCGAUCCGUUGAUGGAAUCAUGAUUGCUCAUUCGGGUCGUUCCAUUGUCACCCUUUUCAGAUUCGGUGAAAUGGCAAUGAGUCACACAAAGACAAGAAUGGAGGAAGUUUGGAGUAUUGAAGAGGUCGCUUUCAAUGUCCCCGGGUUGUCAAAUGACUGUUUUAUCCCUCCUGCUGAUUUGAGAACUUGUUCCGUUAGCGAGACUUCCGAGCUUCCUCGACCGGGAAAAGCUUCUCAUUGUGCCAAGGUCGUGGCUUUGGAGAAGCCGUGCGAGGGUAGUUUGGGAAAUGUGGUUUGGAAGAUGGAAAUUUGACGGAAGGGUGGUUUUGGAAUUAUGGAAAAAAUUGUUUAUAUAGGGUCUGAUUCGACUAACAAGGUAGGAAUUUAGGAGAGGUUUAAAUAAAGACUGGCUGAAUCCUUUUGAAGAAGGGUAUUUUCGUCUUUUUUGCUGGUUAUUAGGAUUUGAAGAAAGGGAGGUUUAGUUUUAGAUUACCUUCCAUUAAUGGAGGAAUGAAGUAGUAGGAGGGGCAUUUGUGGCAAUCUAGUAAAGCAUAUAUACAAGUAGCGGAAUUUCAUGUGCUUGUAGUUUUUUUUUUUUUUUUUUA